UUCUCCUCAUUCUUGCUGGGCUCUGCAGCUGAACUCUUCAUGGCUGACUUCUUUGACUAAGGGGACCUGAAGACUGUCUGUGGUGAAGAAGAACAGCCGAGACAUAAAGUGAUAGCUGGUCCUGAAGCUCCAAAUGUCCUCCUGCAGUCGUCUGAACCUCUGAGCGCUGAGGAGUUUUUACAGACUGACGAUGGCUGAAGCCCAGCUGUUUGUAUCACAGGACGAGUUCACCUGCUUGGUGUGUCUGGACACCCUGACUGACCCCGUUGCCAUCCCCUGCGGUCACAGUUUCUGUAUGAAGUGCUUAACUGACUGCUGGGAUCAAAGCCAACUUUUCAGCUGUCCUCUGUGCAGACACACCUUCACCACAAGGCCUGAGCUGAACAGAAACACUCUGCUGAAUGAAAUCCUCAAGAAAUUCAAGAAGACAGGAUUCAGUACUCCUCUAUCUGAAAAUUUUGCUGGCCCUGGAGAAGUGGAGUGUGAUGCCUGUACUGGGAAGAAGUUGAAAGCAGUGAAGUCGUGUCUGACCUGCCCGGCCUCCUACUGUCAAAAUCACCUGCAGCCUCACUAUGAAGUAGCAGCCUGGAAGGACCACAAGUUGGUUGAUCCUGAUGUAAAUCUCAAGGAGAAACUCUGUGCAAAACAUCAGAGAAGUCUGGAAAUAUUUUGUGAAACUGAUGACGCGUGUAUCUGCAUGAUGUGUGGAGUGAGUGAACAUAACGGUCAUAAAAUGGUCAAGCUGGAGACAGAAAGAGAAGACAAAGAGAAACAGCUGGGGGUGACACUGAGUGACAUCAAGAGGAGACUUGAGGAGAGAGAGAAGACACUGAAGGAAACGAGGAGGGCGAUGGAGGAGAUGAAGGUGAGUGGAUUAGGAAGACAACACUUCAUAUCAAAGAGAGGAGAAAUAAAUGAGAACUUGAAGAGCAGCAGAGCUUCACUGGUGAUGAUGUGUAGGGACACAAGAAGGGAGAGUUAGAGAAGACGUUGUGUG